AUGUUUCUUAAUUUGUGUGAAAAUCCUAGAACAUCAUAUAUUCAAGAACGGAGGGAGUAUCAGUUUGCUACUCCGUUUAUUUCGCUUAAAGUGAUUCAGGGUCUGACUGGUUUAACCGCUGCGGUUGCGGUUGCGGGAGUUUGCGGCUGCGGGAGUUUGCGGAAGCGGGAGUUUGCGAUUAAAAGCUGUUUGUACGACUGGCAAAAGUUCGCGAGAGAAAACACCACCAAUUCACCGGAGCCGAUAACCUCAUCUGUUUGUUCGCCGAUCAUGACGACGACUUCCGAAGGUCCGAGUCACGAACAUUUGGCUCAAGAUUCAAGGUAUCACAAACUGAAAAUAAAGAUAGUGGAAGCUCUGAAAAUCCAUGGCCCUCAGAGAGUUUUGCUGGCUGGUAAAGCUGGAAUCGGGAAGACGAGGCUGGCAAAGUUGGUAGGCGAGUUUGCAUACGACCAUGAUGGCCAUAUUGCCACGAAUAAAAGCAUUUGCUUCUUGACCCUCUGCUUGCAUCUCAACAAGAAGUACGAGAAGUCGGAUGAAUGGUCGCUUUAUGAGAACAUAGCUUCCCAGUUAUCUGUAUACUCGGAUUUCGAAGAGACUGAAAUAGAUGACAGAGACGAGGACGAGGAGGAAGAGAAGAAGGCCAGAGACUUGAAUGACUUGAAGAAGAACAUAAUCAAAGAAAUCGAGAAGAGGGAAGCGUCUGUAGAAGAAAAUAAGCAGAACUUCCCGGCUAAAGAGGAUAAAGGGAAGAAGCCGCCCGAGAAAACACCCGAGUCUGAGGAAAAAGCAAAGCGGUUGGCUGCAGAAAGAGCCAAGGAUAGAUAUCUCCUAUUGAUUCUUGACGACGAAGGAAGCGUGACCAAAGAAGACGUGGUGAUGAACGUUUUGAAGCUUCAAGAGUUUCUUACAAAGGAGGUUCUUAAAGAAGAUCCCACACGUCUAAAAGUUCUUAUCACAAGAAGACAAGAAGAAGAAGACAAGGUGGUUGUAAAGGCUGAUGUGGCAGCAGACGCAAAGAGAGAUGGGUCUGAAGAUGGCAGUGAAAUUGCAGUGGUUGUUCCUCCGGUUGCUGAAAGCUCUCCCACUAAUGGUAAUGAGCCUCAGGCCGAUUCGAAGCCUUCUAAUGAACUCGACAUGUCCAAGGAUUUAAUUGACAUCAUCGAUAACGCUAACCUGGAGGAUAUAUUUGCCACUGCUACUUCGAAAGAGUGGAAGGACGAUAAGGGAUGGAUAGCUGAGAUGGUGAAACAGAGCAAGAACUCGCCAGCUGCUGUCUUUGUGCUGGCCAAAUCGUUAAAGCAGAUUACUCGGAACACUUCCAAUCAAGGGAAAGAAGAGAUUGACAAGUUGAUCAAAAAGGUUCUGUCGUCUGACCGGUCUCUUUCACUCGAAUCAGGUUCUUCUUCUCCUGAGAGAGAUGUAAAUCCAGUCCUGUGUCUUGCUUAUGAGCUGUUGCAAAUCGGUUUUCCGUUGAAGGAUGCGAUCUUGGAUUGUUUUUGGCACAGCUUGGACUUCUUUGAGCACUGUGGCUGUGUUUACUACCGUGACCUGAUCACUCAGUGGAUACUUGAAGGCUACUUUGAUCCCGUUAGGUCUGUCGAGAACGCGUACCAGGAUGGUCAUAAAAUCUUGAUGGAGCUUAUAAACCGUGGAAUGCUGAGGAUACAGGAGAACAACGUGGUGGUACCAGAGAGAGCGAUGAGCACUUUGAUUGAUCCUCGACGUCGUGGCCUUUUUGGGAGAUCCAAACUUAGGUUCUCUAGAGUCUAUCUCGGUGACAAGAAGAAGGGUAUAGGGAAGAUCACUCAGAUAGAUGACAUGAUCAAAACCGUGCAAGCCAAGAAAGGAGACAGCGUUUCCACGAUCCUGGUUAGUGGAGAUCGUCUGCGUCGUGUAACUCCUGAAAAGUAUUUCGAGAAGUUGGGUGAUCUUGAAGUACUUGGCCUGUUCGAGCCUACACUGGACCCUUUUGUCCCGGCGUUAUUGCAAAGACCGAAAAAUGUAGGUGAGAGAGCACUGGAGAAGCUCAGGGUUCUUGUGAUCAGGGACUGUGAUUUACUCGAUAAUAUUGAGGAGCUCAGGGCUCUUAGAGGGCUAAAUGUUCUUGAGGUUUCUGGUGCUAGCUCCCUGAAGAAAAUCUCUGAUGACUUCUUCAAGGCCUUGUCUAAACUCCAGAGUCUUCACUUAUCUGGGCUGAGGAUUAAAUCUUCCCCUCCCAGCAUUUCUGAACUGACGGAGCUUCACUGUCUCAUCAUCAGGAACUGUCCUUUGCUGAAAGAUUUGCCAGACAUACAGGAACUGAAGAAGCUUGAGGUUGUUGAUGUCUCUGGUGCUCAUGGACUUCAAACCUGUUUCGACAACACACCGGGAGAGAAGAAGAACAAGAGCAAAAACAAGAACUUCUACCAUCUUACAAGACUUCAGCUCCUUGACUUCUCAGAGAGCCAAAUAGAGAGGUUGCCAAUAUUCCAGGACUCUGCGGUAGGCGACAAGCUUCACUCCGUGACUCGGCUCUUGUUGCGUGACUGUACCAAACUGAGAAGAUUGCCUAGCCUGAAGCCCUUGUCAGGCCUGCAGAUUCUUGAUCUUUCUGGCACGACGAGCUUAGUGGAAAUGCUUGAAGUGUGCUUUGAGGACAAGAAGGAGCUCACUACUCUUAAUCUCACCGGCACGAAUCUUAGCGAGUUGGCUACAACCAUCGACGAGCUGACCAAUCUCAACAAUCUCCUCCUCAAGGAUAGCAAGAACCUAGAGUCUAUCCCACCUAUCUCAAAACUCACAAAUCUCGAGGUCAUUGAUGUUUCCGGCUGUACCAAGUUGCAUACCAUUGAGGGAACAUUUGAGGGCAUGCAUUACCUACGUGUAAUAGACCUCACUGACACCAAAGUGAUGACCCCACCGGAGUUGCCAACGGAGACCAAAAUCACUUGUCCAAAGCGUAUUACUCUGGCUGAUGGAACUGUUUUUGACGGUGAUACAUGGAGCGAAAUAACGGACAAGAUUAAAAGUAAGAGAUCUGACAAGGCCAGCUCCUCUGAGGCAGUUGCUGAAUCCCAAGAAAUCAUAGAAAAGAAGUCUGAAGAAACAAGAGAGACUCAACCGAGUGAACCUCACGCCAGUGAUAAUACCAAGAAGGGAGAUUUCACCAUGGAACGUCUCCUCCAGGUCCCCAUUAAGAGGGAUAUAUACAAGAAUAUACUAUCACAGUUUGAUUCCAUCAGUCAGAAGGAAGUCGUGAAGAUCCAUGAAGCCAAAGACCUACCUAAUGCUGACUUUGUGUCUUUUGUGGACAUUAACUCCACAAGCCUCAAAUCCAUCUUGAGCGAGGCCAAAUCGGUGAAGGUUUUCUCCCUAAAGAUGUGCCGGGAUAUCAAAGAAAUUUUCUCUGCAGAGGAUGAGAAAAGUUUGGGACCACUGGAGACUUUGUCAUUGUCCAUUACAAACCUUCCAUUGCUGGAGAAGAUAAGCUGUGGUGUUAGCUUCCACAACCUGAAGGAGCUGCGCAUAGAGUGCUGUCCGAAUAUCAAAACGCUUUUCCUGGAAGCAGCUCAGAUGCCUAGCAGCCUAGAAGUCCUGCAUAUAAAGUAUUGUGAGAAGCUUGAGAAAGUGUUCAACGAAGGCGAAGUGUCAACUCUCACUACCCUUUGCCUUUAUGAGUUGCCUUUGUUAUCAGCUGUUGGAGCCAAACUACCUAAUCUCGAGAUAUUCGAUAACAAGAGUUGCCCAAAUCUUCUAGUGCUAAAGGAAGAUCUCACGGUCAGAGGUGUUUGA